ACGGCCAAUUCAAACAUCAGAUUUACCACGCAGUGUCUUUAAGGCCAAGCAAUGAAUAAAUGCAUCUCAGGAAAAACUACAAGUCCCAUUCUGCAACCUGGUUUGGGUAUGACGCCAUAAUCUCCUCAGCUCGGUUGUGUUGGCUUUGUGCGAAGCGAGAAACGACGCGGAGAUAUCUGGGCGAAACAAACCAACAUAGGGAAUUCGUUUUACAGACAUGGAGGGACCUCCAGUAGUGGAGGCAGGAACCAAGUCGGUCAUGGAGAGCUUGACACAGCCAGUGGAGACAGUUGAACAAGCAGUAGAAACCGAGGAACAACCAAUAGGUAAAGGUGAACAAUACAUGGAAACUGAUGAACUACCAAUGGAGACAGGGUUACAACCAGUGGAAACUGGGGAACAACCAAUGAGUGAACUGCUACCUGCCACAGUAGAAGAGGCUUUGGAGUGUGUCUCAGACCCCACUGCUCCUACAGAGAUAAUACUUGAACUAUCCGCUGUUCCUCUAGAGUCUGCUGCUCCUGAAGAGUGGGAACUGGACCAACCUAAGGAUGCACAGAAGGAGACUCAUAGGGAUGACGUGGCCGCUGGUGACAGAAAAAAUAUUCCCCCCAAGAAGAACAGAAUGGAGCCACUCAAGAUGGACAUGUCCAGGCCACCAAAAAUGGUGAUGCCUCUCACAUCUUCCCAGAUCUCUCUGCAGUGCCUGGAGUGUCACAUCAUCUUCAGUGACCAGAAGAGCAAAGAGCGCCACCUCAAGCAGAGCCACCCGGCACAGUACGAGCAGUGCAUUCUGGGGGGUGCCCUGUUUACCUGCUACGUCUGCGACCGCCACUUCACCAACUCCAGUGACCUCAUGCUUCACCAGCGUGCACACACGGAAAAGCAGCCCUUCAAGUGCCCCAUCUGUGGUGAGGCCUUCAGCCGCUCCUCUGAGCUCACCCUCCAUAAGAAGGUUCACUUCGGCCAGCACGGAUACACCUGUUCAGACUGUGGAAAACCCUGCAAGACACUCACCUUACUGAAUUAUCACCGCCGCACGCACACAGGGGAGAGGCCCUAUGUGUGUAAGGAGUGUGGCAAGAGGUUUAGCAUGUCCAAGGCCCUCCAGAAACACGCACUAGCGCAUUCGCUGGAAGGAAUGGUAGGAGAAGUUGGAGGGAUCACACCACUGACUAAGGCACAGCUAAAGAAGAAUAGUGGCACUGCAGCGGUAAAAUUCCCCUGCUCCAUGUGCAAGGCAACCUUCAAGACUGCCAAGACACGGCUGCAUCACAUGAAACACAAGCACAGCCCGUGUGUUACAGCACCCAGCAGCAGCAGCACACUAGCUGGCCAACAGGUGAAGCCAGGUCAGCACAUCAUAACCCAGGCUCCUAUGGGCCAGCCAACCUUUCUCCACAUGGAAACCCUUGGGCCCCACCAGCAGGUGUACAACAUAGACACUGAACAAAUCCGGAAACUAAUAGAAUCUUUGGGGAACGUGCGCAAAGUGAACCAGGUGGUGAUACUGGGACAGGUGCCGCCACACGGUCAACCAUUGGCUCUACAGUGGCUACAGGGAAUGAGAGAGCAUUUGCAACCUCGUUUUACUCAACCACAGUUUAUAGAGCUGAAAAAGACUUGGGGUGGAGAAGCUGAGCAUUCUGGAUUAACACAAACACAUGAAGGAGAGAUGAUUCCUCAGCAGUUACUUGGACAGACUGGUCAGACAGUUGAAGAAGAGAACAAUAUGAUUCAGACUGUAUCAAUGGAACAGGUGUUCUGUCACAGUGAAAUAGUUGAGCUGGGGAAAACAACUGAACAAAGUAAAACGGUUGUGUUGGAAGUCACUCCCUCACUGAUACCAACUCUGGAGUUGGAACAGACUCAAACUGAUCAACAGGGACUUAUGUCUGCUUCCUCACUACCAACAAUUCUAUUUGAACAGACUUCUGGACAGAAUCAAAUGGUUCAGGAGGGAAAUAUGUCUGUCCCGUCACUCAUACCAACAGUUGAGUUAACGCUGACGCCAUUUAAAACUGAUCAGCAGGACGAACUCUCCACUUCCUCAUUGGUACCAACAGUUAAGUUUGCACAAACUCCUCCUGGACAAACAAGCCAGGUAGGAGAGACAGCCAUACAGAUGGAAACAUUACAGUUAGAUCAGAUCCAUUCCAAUAUUGGACAGACACAACAGAUAGGAAUAGGAGGGCAAGGAUCAGUUGAGAAACCUCUUCUAGAAAACACAGAGUGUGAGCAGCACCACAUUUUGGAAAAGCCUUGCGAAGGAAAGAAACAGACAGCACAAGAGCAGUUGCAAACACUGAUUGAUAAGUCUGCUUCUAACAACGCACUAAACAGCAGAGAAAUACAACCUCGCACUCAGAUGUCAGAAAUAUUCUCUCCGCCAUUAGAGACAAAAAAGACGCCACAGAGUUCACAACUGCCUGUGCAUAUGAUGUCAGUGCAAGAAUUUGUUAAAGUGAGGACGAGAAAGCAGCCAAAUAACUCUAUAAUGCAAGGAAAUAUGCAACAACAGACAGUUGAGUUGAAAGAGAAGCCUACCAAACGACCAAGAGCAAAGAAAGCUUGUCUUGUCGUGAAGUUUGGUCCUAAAGAGAAAGAGAAGCCUAAAAAUCGGAAGAAGCUUCCACAACCAUCUAAGCUGCUUCAGAAAGGAGACCAGAUUCAGGACGUGAACCAAAUGUCUCUCACAACUCAACCUGACAAAAAAUUGCCCUUAAAAAAGGUUGGUCAAGAAAAAAAGGUCAAGAAAAAAAACGGUAUUUCCAAGUCAAAAAUAAAAUCCCCAUCUAUAUUUUGUGACUCACAUGUGCAGCAAGUCUUGCAGGUAGAAGAGCAGGUGCAGCAAGUGAAGCUGAGGAAGAAGAAAGUAAAAAAGCAAAAAUAUGUCAUUAAUGAGACUCAUUCUGCGCAGAUUAGCUCUGAGCAGAUUAGCGAGCAAGAGGUGAUAGCUCCACCCAAGCCAAAAAAGAAAAAGCAGCAGAAGAUACGACAGGAGGACCAGCCUAAGAAAACAAAGGGCCAAAAGCGAUCAAAAACGGGGAGAAAGAAAAAUAAACCGAAUAUGGAAGCAAGCCCAAUAUCAGAAGAUAUGCCCGACCCUGAAAUAAAGCAACAGUCCCUACUCCUACUGAAGGGUCACAAACAGCCCCAAUUAAAAGUUUACAAAUUAGAUGCCUCAAAAGCCCCCCAAGGGCAAACAGAUCCCCAGCAAGACCAAGACACCCAUCCCAUCCAUAAGAAGAAAGGGCCAAAAAGCAAACAACUGAAAAUGCUAGCUGCUGGAGGGAAUAGAAAAGUAGGGAGGCCCAAAAAGAGCCACACAGCACUCUCUAUGUUGGCUCCUUUAAAGGCUACACCUCAUUCUUCUGACACAUCUCCGACCAAGCCAAAGACCAGCAGGAAACGUAAGGCCCCAAAAGUGGAGACUGAGGGGAUCAUCAGCGGCUCUCAUUCCCGGCGAGCCCUUGAAUGUAAGGACUGUGGAGAGAGGUUCUCUGACGUCUCGUCCCUCCAGGAGCACAAGGCAGCCCUGCAUGCAGUGGAGAGCCCUGGUCUCACCUACACUAACGGCAACAUCUUUGAGGGCGUUUCUGGGUCAGAUCUAGGCCAGCCUCCACUAAAAGUGACUGAAGAGGUCAUUGAGAAUUCAUUGAGUCAAAAUACGUUUGGAAUGCAGGUAGCAUCUGACUGGGAUAUAGAGGUGGAGAUGAGAGAGAGAGGGUUGGGAGAAAGAGGGGAGCGAGUCUCAUUCCCAGCCCUAAACCCUUCCCCCUCUCUGCCUCUGGCUGCUGCGCUUGUUGAAGGUGGACAGAAGGAAAGGGAGAAGAACAUGGAUAACACUGCAGAGGGGAUGGAAUCAUUUUCUCAUAUGGCCCCAAAUUCAACUCUAUUUUACUCCCCUCCACAAGUUCAAUUCCCUUAUCUGUCCAAAUCUGACAAGGUCCAACCCCUUCUGUCCGAGAGUCUUUCUCCUCCUCACCUCACACCCAUAGCCCCCCUCCACAGCUGUCACCAAACAGAGGACACUAAGUCAGAGAGUCAGGGCAAUAUGAAUGACACUUCUGAGACUCUCAUACCUACUGUUUCUGGAUCUGAGCACCUAGGGCCUAUUGAGGAUGAAAUUAAAGAGGAGUUACUACUUGAGGUGGAUUUGGUCACUGUUGGGGAUGGGGACCAAAAUGAGGGGGAACACCAGAGCUCACCUCAUGAAGACAGUUCACAAAAUGAGGGAUCCAGCCUUCAUGACAACAACAGCACUCAUGCACUACCUACACAUGCUCAGAUUGAAAAUGUGAAUAGAACUGUAACAACCCAAAAUGCACAGACCGAAUCCUGCCCCUCUGACCCACUGGAGAUCAAGCAAGAAGAGGAGGAGAUUAUGGUGCAGAGGAGAGAAGAGGAAAAGAGGGAAGUGGGCAGAAAGAAUUACACCAGGGGCAGGAGAAGAGGAGUUGGACGUGUGAGGAGAGGUUCAGCCACAAGGAAGAGUCUAGAAGGAGAGGGCAUGAGAGAAAUGGAACCAGAGAAAGAAACUGAUGAAUGUCGAGUAGUCUACCAGCUGUAUUCACUCACUAACGAUACUGAAAUCAAGGAUGAAGCAGACGUCACUCUCCAUCCUGGUCAGUCAUCUCCCAUCAGUUUACAGACCGAGAUCAGAUCUAUCUCUGAGCAAAACACGCAAACAGCUCCAUGUCCAUCUAGAUCCUGCAUCCCACUGCUAGAGGAGGACCCUGAGGACCAGGUAGUGUUUGAGCUAGAGUCAGUCACCACCAGUGUGGUGGAGGUGUUGAAGACAGAAGAUGGGAUGGUGAUGAAGGGAGUAGCAGGGGACCAGGAUAACAGAGACACUGGCCAAUCCCCAGGCAUCAUACUGGAGAGGUUCCUCACCUCAAGGCAGAGAGAGGCAGCAGUAGGGGAGAAUGGAGUGGUGCUCAUGGCAGACUUGAGAGGUCAGGAAGUCAAGGUGGAGGAGAACACCUCAGAUUUGGUUCCCGUGCCACACACCUCUCAUGCCAGACAUACAGUGGAGCAGAGGGGGGUCAGGAUGUAUCUGGUGAAGCAAGAAAACAACCUGGUUUUGAAUGACCCCCAGGUUAGUCAUGGUCAAUCCCAAUUGAAUGUGGAGCAGAGCAGUGCCAGGCAGUGCAUAUUCUACCCAGUGAAGGAGGAGGAGAGUGAGCUUCUAGAGGAGCCAUCUCAAAGUGAGCAGGGGGUACCAGUGCUGGUGGUGCCUGGAGAGUCCAGACUCAACCAUCCAGUGGAGGAUCUAUCCAUUACCAACCCUGCAGUAGAGGAGUAUGAGGUGAACAGGAGAGCAGCAAAGUUGGGAACUGAGAUCAAUGAGUAUGGAGAAGGUGACCUGGACUUUGAGCAGCAGGACACUGAGGAGCUUGUUGAUUUCCUACUUCAGAAUUCUGACGAAGUGGAGUCAGGGGUUGUUGAAUGUUGUGACCCGCAGCCUGACCCUGAGGCUGUACUUAUGGCCUGUUACCAUGACAGCCAAAACCAUGCCUCACUACAUUCAAAUGAAAUACCAAACAACUUGCCAACCACAAAAAGCCAGGCUGAUUCAGGAUCUACGGGAGGGUCCCAGACAGGAACUGGCUACAUGAAACCCAUUGAUUACUUCUCCAAGUAUUUUGGUUGGGACACUUGGGCAGAGAUUGCCCGGUGCACAAAUAAAGUGUCCCAUCUAUCGAACCCAGUGACAGCAAAAGAGGUGGCCCAGUUUGUCGGAAUCCACAUUGCCAUGGGAACAUUGAAGUUCCCCAGUCUCAAGCUGUACUGGCAGGACUUCACCAGGGUGCCUCUGGUUGCUGACACCAUGUCUGCCUCCCGCUUCUCCCAGCUCUCCUGCAAACUGCAACUGGCAUCUCCAGCGCCAGCAGGGGAUCCCAUGGACACCCACGAAGCUGGACACAGUGGUAAUCCAGACAGGCCUAAGGAGGGAGACACCACAUGCAACACACUCCGAGCUUUACACACCCCAGCUAAUUCUACAGUUGGCACAAUUGAAGCUGAACUGGAUGGCAGUGGCCACACACUUACAAGCGGCCACAGUCAAAUACAAGCUCUUAGCUCUAAGUCUGUGUCUGCAAAAUCCACAACACAGACGUCCACAAUCCCUCACAGCAAUUGGCAGAGGUGUGGGGACAUAACAUCCAGCCAGGACUGUUUUAGUUUUAAAACUGACCCCCUUUGGAAGGUUAGACCGUUACUGGACCACGUUCGGGCCGGAUGCCUGAUGCUGAGACGAGAGGGUGACCAUGGAGUCGAUCAAUACCCUCUCCCUUUGACGUGUAGAGCGGUCAACAACAAGCGGCCCUCCUUGCACAGCACUGUCUUAGUUGGAUCGGACAGUCUGAUCCUAGAUUUCAACCUUAGUCUGGAUCUCUCCAUUAAAGAGGCCACUGUUGAGAAAAUGGUGCCCAGAGAAGGGAUGGUGUAUCUCUGCAAGCAGGAGCUCUCUACCCCUGCCAUGUUGGAGCACCUCCUAGGGUCUGGGGUUCACGGUGCGGGCAAGGUGGGAGGAGCCAAAGGACAGAUGGGUGAUGAGUUUGUUAGCUCUGACGGGCGGCUGAUGCUACACAGGUACCAUCUCGGCUUCAUCCUCUCUACUGUAGGGAAGGCCCAGCAGAACAUGGCAUCUCUCGUCGACAGCUUUGAGAAGGCCCAAAAGGCAGCCAGCCUCAAUAGAGACUUAAUAAAUCUCUACCAUUCCCCACUCUCAACCUCCGCACCAACUAGCUGGCCACAGGCUGUUCUGUGGUACCUUACAGAUCUGGCUCUGGUAAACUCAUGGAUGCAGUACAGGCAGGAUCAUGUUCCUCUGCCUGAGCCUCUGAACCUCAUGGCAUUCAGGCUAGAGGUCUCCAAGGCCUUGGUCCUCUCCAGUGGCUCAGACACCCAGGACUCAGCCCCUCCGCACCCCCCUCAGAAAUUACACGCCCCGGGCACAGCCCCAGAUCCUGGCCUGUUACAGGAGAGUCCUCUCCCUGAUGUGGCCACGAGGUAUGACGGUUCGGGCCACUGGCCUGAGCAGCUUGGGGACAGAGAAGGUGGCAGGUGCCGCUUCGGAGGCUGUGAGCGAAUGUCUCGAGUACAAUGCCUCAAGUGUUGCGUGUUUCUCUGCAUCUCUCGUAACCACAACUGCUUCUUGAAUUUCCACAGUCAAGGGAGUUUUUGAAGCUGACUUGCAGUGAAGAUAAUUAGAGUUCUCUGUUUAGUUCUUUGUUUAUUAAUACAUUUUAUUUAAUGCUAUGUUUAGCUUUUUUUUAAUGUUAUGUUUUUUAUUUUAGGUUAGAAGCUCAGAUUUCAUAUUUCCCCCCCAACCCCAAAUAUUUGUUUUGUGUACUUCUCUCUUUUCAGUGUCAGCUUUCGUCCUGUGCAGCAAAUUAGGAACUUGGUCCCUUUUAGCCUACUGUGUAAAUGUAAUCGUAAUGUAUGCAAUGGCUUUUGUUGUAUGAAUUUGCCUACAAAAUAACAUGUGAAUAGAGAAUUAAUGAUAACCACAAAGUUACUGUCUCUGAAUCCAAGUGAAAAUACAUUUGAAGAUGUUUUUGAAAUAAUGAUUUUAAAAUAGUGCUGCAUUAAUUGUUUUCCUGAACCUUGUUUUGUUGUUUACAUGCCAAGAAGCUUUUGCAUGUGUUUUUGGCAUUCUUUGUAAAUGGAAUAAUGUAAUACUAUUUGAGAAAAUACAUGUAGUAAGCUUUC